GAACCGCUAAACCCUUCAUCUCUAUUCCAUCACGUAAACUGCAAACCCUAACACUAGAAUUUCCCCUCUCUUUCGGCUUUGGUGAGCCCGGCCCCGGAUAGGGUGUCGUGGCCAUGCCCCUGUAACAGGAUGACUCGCGGAUUAGGUUUAGGGUUAGGCCUGCUUCUGAGCUUUGGGAGGUCCCUAGGGGCACCGGGGGAUCGAAGGUUUGGAGCUCUUCCCUUUCUUUUGCGGCGCUUGAUCUAUUAUAGUGGUGGAGAUGUUAACUUUCGACGUUGGGUCGACGGGCAGCGCGGUUUAUGCGGGUACGCGGUGGAACAGUUCUCUGAUGAUGAGUACGAGUGCGAACUCGAUAACCAAAAGCCUUCUUCUUCAGUGGCCAACAUUGAUGAAUGGAGGUGGAAACUUAGUUUGCUUUUGCGUAGUACUGAUAGGCAGGAGAUUGUCUCCAGAGAUAAACGAGAUCGGCGUGAUUACGAACAGAUAUCUAACCUUGCAAAGGGAAUGGGGCUUUACAGUGAGAUUUAUGGGAAAGUGGUGGCUGCCAGCAAGGUUCCUUUGCCAAAUUACAGGCCUGAUCUUGAUGAUAAGCGGCCACAAAGAGAGGUAGUAAUCCCUCUUAGUUUGCAAAGGAGGGUUGAGGGUCUACUUCAGGAACACCUUGACCGGAUACUUUUAACAUCCAGCAAGGUCGGUGAUAAGUUGGAAACCAAUUCUGCCAUUAAAGACAUCGAGGAUGUAAGUCUAGAUGAAAACCAGGGCUCACUGGUUGAUGGGUCAGUCAUGGAAAAGGUUCUUCAGAGAAAGAGUUGGCGUAUGCGGAAUUUGCAGAGAACCUGGCAGGAAUCACCUGAAGGCAUGAAGAUGCUACGAUUUAGGAAUUCUCUUCCAGCAUACAAGGAAAAGGAGAGACUCUUGUCUGCCAUUGCACGGAAUCAGGUCAUAGUGAUCUCUGGGGAGACUGGCUGUGGGAAAACUACUCAGCUUCCUCAAUACAUAUUGGAAUCAGAGAUAGAGUCUGGUCGUGGAGCAUUCUGUAACAUCAUAUGUACACAACCACGAAGAAUAUCUGCUAUGGCUGUCGCAGAAAGAGUUUCUGCUGAAAGAGGAGAGAAUCUGGGUGAAACAGUUGGUUACAAAGUUCGAUUAGAAGGAAUGAAAGGAAAAAAUACACAUCUGCUUUUUUGUACCAGUGGCAUUUUGCUAAGAAGAUUGCUGGGUGAUCGUAAUUUAAAUGGUAUAACUCAUGUAUUUGUUGAUGAAAUUCAUGAAAGAGGCAUGAAUGAAGAUUUUUUAUUGAUUGUGUUAAAGGAUCUUCUUCCUCGUCGUCGUGAUCUGAGAUUGAUUUUGAUGAGUGCCACUUUGAAUGCCGAAUUGUUCUCUAAUUAUUUUGGUGGGGCACCUAUGAUCCAUAUCCCUGGCUUCACGUACCCUGUAAGUUCGCACUUUCUGGAAGAGAUUUUGGAGAAAACUGGAUACAAGUUAACUUCAUUCAACCAAAUUGAUGAUUAUGGCCAAGAGAAACUGUGGAAAACACAGAGGCAGCUAAUGCCAAGAAAAAGGAGAAACCAAAUCGCUGCACUUGUUGAGGAUGCUCAGAGAAACUCGAGCUUUGAGACCUAUGGUUCCAGGGUUCGUGAUUCUUUGGCUUGUUGGAACCCAGAUUGCAUAGGGUUUAACCUUAUUGAGGCUGUUCUCUGUCAUAUAUGUCGGAAGGAACGGCCAGGUGCUGUUUUAGUAUUCAUGACUGGCUGGGAUGACAUCAGUUGCUUGAGAGACCAACUAAAAGCACAUCCCCUGUUAGGAGAUCCAAACAGGGUCUUGCUGCUUACAUGUCAUGGAUCAAUGGCCACUUCUGAGCAGAAACUCAUAUUUGAGAAGCCACCACCUAAUAUACGUAAGAUUGUUCUUGCUACAAACAUGGCAGAAGCAAGUAUCACGAUUAAUGAUAUUGUUUUUGUGGUUGACUGUGGGAAAGCGAAGGAGACCACAUACGAUGCUUUGAAUAAUACCCCUUGUCUGCUCCCAUCUUGGAUUUCAAAAGCUUCGGCCCGCCAAAGAAGAGGUAGAGCCGGCCGUGUGCAACCUGGAGAAUGCUAUCAUCUCUAUCCUAGAUGUGUAUAUGAUGCCUUUCCAGAAUAUCAGCUUCCGGAGCUUCUAAGAACUCCUCUGAAUUCCUUAUGCUUGCAAAUAAAAAGUUUGCAGCUUGGUACGAUUGGAGAAUUCUUGUCAGCUGCUAUGCAGCCUCCAGAACCCCUGGCUGUCCAAAAUGCAGUGGAGUUACUGAAGAUGAUUGGAGCAUUAGAUGAGAAGGAAAACCUUACAAAUCUUGGGCGAUAUCUUGCAGUGCUUCCAGUUGAUCCAAAGCUAGGGAAGAUGCUGAUCAUGGGUGCUGUCUUUCGUUGCUUUGAUCCAGUUCUAACAAUUGUGUCUGGACUAAGUGUCCGAGACCCUUUCCUCUUACCUCAAGACAAGAAGGAUUUGGCAGGAACAGCAAAAACAAGAUUUGCUGCAAAAGACUACAGUGAUCAUAUGGCUCUGGUCCGUGCAUAUGAAGGAUGGAAAGAUGCAGAUAGAGAAGGGUCUGCUUAUGAGUAUUGUUGGAGAAAUUUUCUUUCGGUCCAAACUCUUCAGGCUAUCCAUUCCCUUCGAAAACAAUUCAAUUUUAUUUUAAAAGAUGCUGGUUUAUUAGAUGCUGAUCCCAGCACCAAUAAUAACUUGAGCCAUAAUCAGUCACUGGUUCGUGCUAUUAUAUGCUCUGGCCUCUUUCCAGGAAUAGCAUCUGUUGUGCACAGGGAGAAGUCUAUGUCUUUCAAAACAAUGGAUGAUGGCCAGGUUCUACUUUAUGCUAACUCUGUAAAUGCAAAGUACCAGACCAUCCCCUACCCAUGGUUGAUGUUUGGUGAGAAAGUCAAAGUCAAUACUGUCUUUAUUCGGGACUCUACUGGUGUAUCUGAUUCCAUACUGAUCCUAUUUGGUGGCAUUCUUAUUAAGGGAGACACGGCUGGGCACCUGAAGAUGUUGGAUGGCUACCUCGACUUCUUCAUGGAUCCAAGUUUGGCAGAAUGCUAUUGGAACAUUAAGGAAGAACUUCAUAAACUUAUUCAGAAGAAGCUUCAAGACCCCAGCAUAGAUAUCCACAAGGAAGGCAAGUACCUAAUGCUUGCUGCGCAGGAGCUAGUCACAGGUGAUCUAUGCGAAGGAAGGUUUGUUUUCGGCCGUGAAACAAAGAGGGCCAAGUUUAGCAGCAACGACAGUACCAGCAGCAAUGACAGUAACAGGAGAAAUGUUGUGAAGGCUGGGACAAACCCAAAGAACUUGCUACAGACUUUGUUGAUGAGGGCAGGCCACAGGCCUCCAAAAUACAAGACAAAGCACCUCAAAACCAAUGAGUUCAGAGCGAUAGUAGAGUUCAAAGGGAUGCAGUUUGUGGGUAAGCCCAAGAAGAACAAGCAGCUUGCAGAGAGGGAUGCUGCCAUAGAGGCAUUGGGAUGGUUGACACACACUUCUGAUAACAGCCACCAGGAUGCUGAUGAUGACUCCCCUCCUGAUAUAACCGAUAACAUGCUGAAACUCCUCAAUGGGCGAAGGCGACGGUCAAAGCAUCGUUCAAGUUGAUAAUGAUGCCUCAUGAGGGUCCUGUUAUGGUGUCGGUAAUAUUGCUUGUGGCAAUGUGUAGGCAAUACGUAGAAUUUAUGUCUCUACCUGAUUGCCCUACGCAAUUUCUUGCAGCUGCCAUCGCGAAGAGAUGAUGAUGAGACUGGCAUCAUCCACACUGUAGGUUCAGGUGGUAGAGGUGGAUCAGAGCUCCAAAAGAAGAGGGGCAAUUUUGAUGCACAAGUCAACUUCUAGGAGAAGAUUUAUUUUAUAGCAGUGUCAAUGCAGGAUGUGGCAUGUUGUUUUAGAAUAUGUUCACCAAUGUAAAGUUUAUGUCAUAGUUAAUAUUUAUUUUAAUUUAUUUUAUUUUAUCACCUUACAAAAAAAAUAGGUGAAGACACCUAGUAAAAAUUAUUCCUUGAUAUAAUGAUCAGUGGUUAUUUACCUAUUGACUGAGC